UGUAAUAUAGCUGUCAAGUUCAACGAAAUCGGCAAAUAUAGCGGCACCAAAGUUGUUGUCUCAGGAAAAAACGGACCGAAUUUCGUCAGAAUCUGCAAAAUGAUUGAGCAACAGAAGCAGCGGAUAGAAAUGGAGAUUACGAAGCAACUGGACGAUCUCGACCGAAAUGUGCUGCGUAAAAUGCAAGCCGAUAUGCACGACUGUGCCGCCCGGUGCUGCAAGGAUACAAAUUCUUCUAUGGACACUGUGCAACAGUGCGUUGAACGUUGCUCCAUUCCUGCCCAACGAGCGCAACAGCACGUAGAAACCGAAAUUAAUUCAUUCAACAGCCGUCUUCAGCGAUGUGUUAUGGAUUGUAAUGACACUAUUAAAGAUAAGAUGGGAUCCAAUCCUUCGGAGGGCGAUAUCGCCAAGUACACUGCCGAAUUCGAACGUUGCGCGAUAAAAUGCGUCGACAAGCAUGUGGCUAUCCUGCCAAAUAUGUUUUCCAGCAUGCGGAAAGUUCUACAAAGCCGGGCAACUCAGUAAACAUUCGUUUUACAGGCAAACGAACUAAGCGUUUUUUGAUAGUUCUUCGAACUGUGCAAUGUUUCUUCGGUAUAGCAUUUUUAUUUUGCAUUUGUACGGAAUAAAACAAGAAAAGUUUAUCUCCCAAUGUA